AUGAGCGGCGCUGCCGUGCGAAUUGUGCGGCAACUUGUGGCGUUGCUUCAAGCAAGGCUUACCAGUGCCGCCCCUCCCCCCAUCACCGCGGCGGUGUUCUGGUGGGGUCGGCGCGGGCUUGAGGCAACUCACUUACCUCUUUUACUUCCCCCCUUUGUGUCUUACCAUCUUCUCUCCCUCCCCUGCCCCCAGCCGCCACCCCUCCCGCCCAUAGCAGUGUGUCUGGUGGGGUCAGCGCGGGCCUUUGAGGCAACGGGGCCCUCGCUGUUGCGCCACCUGCUGCUGCCCUCCGCGCACCCCUCUCCCCGUUCCGCCCACCCCUCUUUCCGUUCCGCCCACCGCUUUCCCUCCCACCGCCCCUCACACCUCUUCCUGCACGCACCUCUAGACGAAACCGCUGCCAAACUCAGCUUCCUCCGAACCUUCCUCAGCAGUACCAGCACAACUGGAGAGGGGGAAGGGGAUGACGUGGCAGCACGGGAUUGGGCGCGUUUGGCGCGGGAAAACACCAUAGCAGCUGUGCGAGUAUUCCCCAACACCGACGUGGAUGAGACAAAAUACCCCACUGGGGUCAUGUUCACUGGCACCUCACCGAACGGCCUUCAGGGUCUGCUACAGUACUUCCGCCUGGUGGAGGGGUGCUGGGACAUGAUCCAAUCGUUUGAAGCCACGUCAGCACAAGCCACGUCAGCACCGCCCCUGCGCUACAACUGGAUCGUGCGAGCCCGCCUCGACUCCCUCUGGACCGCCCCCGCAAACAUCCAACCCCCGCCGCUCCUACUUCUCCCCAACCCCCCUGGUGGUAGCGUGGGUGCUUCCCCCCUGCCGCUUCCCCUUUUCCGGAGCACUAGCUUGGAAGCAGCAAAUGGUGAUUCCGCUUUUGGAAUGGUAGCAGGCAGUAAUGGGGAUGAUGGCACUGGGGAUGGCGGCAGUGGGGUGGGUGAUGGUCUGGCCUACACGAUUCCGUAUGGGUCGGACUGGCGGGGGCUGAACGACCGGUUUGGGAUGGGAGGGAGACAGGCGAGUGAAGCAGCCUUGAAGCGGCUGAGUGCCCUGCGCCUGCUGGCGAGGCACAAGAUGAGACGCCUCAACUCAGAGCGAGCCUUCGAGGCCCAGCUAGCCCUGGGGAACAUCACGGUGCAACGAGCCAACCUGUCCUUCUGUGUGCUCACCCAACGCUCUUAUGGAGAAGGCUGCAGCAUCCCUGUCGUCUACUCCAUCAACGCCUCUGUGCCGCUAAAUGGCGUGAAAUGCCGCCCGUGCAGCCGCCCGUGUGCUGCUGGAGAAAAGCUGGGCAGGGCCAGCAGCAGCUCUCCUCUCGCGCAUCGCCCCAUCAGCCCCAAGCUGGGCAGGGCCAGCAGCAGCUCUCCUCUCGCGCAUCGCCCCAUCAGCCCCAAGCUGGGCAGGGCCAGCAGCAGCUCUCCUCUCGCGCAUCGCCCCAUCAGCCCCAAGCUGGGCAGGGCCAGCAGCAGCUCUCCUCUCGCGCAUCGCCCCAUCAGCCCCAAGCUGGGCAGGGCCAGCAGCAGCUCUCCUCUCGCGCAUCGCCCCAUCAGCCCCAAGCUGGGCAGGGCCAGCAGCAGCUCUCCUCUCGCGCAUCGCCCCAUCAGCCCCAAGCUGGGCAGGGCCAGCAGCAGCUCUCCUCUCGCGCAUCGCCCCAUCAGCCCCAAGCUGGGCAGGGCCAGCAGCAGCUCUCCUCUCGCGCAUCGCCCCAUCAGCCCCAAGCUGGGCAGGGCCAGCAGCAGCUCUCCUCUCGCGCAUCGCCCCAUCAGCCCCAAGCUGGGCAGGGCCAGCAGCAGCUCUCCUCUCGCGCAUCGCCCCAUCAGCCCCAAGCUGGGCAGGGCCAGCAGCAGCUCUCCUCUCGCGCAUCGCCCCAUCAGCCCCAAGCUGGGCAGGGCCAGCAGCAGCUCUCCUCUCGCGCAUCGCCCCAUCAGCCCCAAGCUGGGCAGGGCCAGCAGCAGCUCUCCUCUCGCGCAUCGCCCCAUCAGCCCCAAGCUGGGCAGGGCCAGCAGCAGCUCUCCUCUCGCGCAUCGCCCCAUCAGCCUUCCCUCCUCCCUUCCCGCCUCCCUUCCCUCCUCCCUUCCCGCCUCCCUUCCCUCCUCCCUUCCCUCCUCCCUUCCCCCCUCCCUUCCCGCCUCCCUUCCCUCCUCCCUUCCCCCCUCCCUUCCCUCCUCCCUCCCCUCCUCCCUCCCCUCCUCCCUCCCCUCCUCCUAUCCUCCAGGCACGUGCUUAAAGGAGGGUGACGUGGGGGUGUGUGAUAUAUCUCAUCCUCUGCCAUCUCUCCCUCCCUCCUCCCUUCCCUCCUCCCUUCCCUCCUCCCUUCCCUCCUCCCUUCCCCCUCCCUUCCCGCCUCCCUUCCCUCCUCCUGUCCUCCAGGCUCGAGCUCUCCUCUCUCAAAUCGACCCAGCAGCCCGGUAUUGGCCGGGGCCGGCAGCAGGGGAGGGCGAGGUGGGGGUGUGUGAUGCGGGGAGGGGGUGGGAGGAGGAAUGGGAGGGGGAGUUUGAUGCGGUUAUGGGGGGGAAGAUGGCGGAGGGGCGGAGGCAGGUGGUGCGGGAGGCAAUGGGGAGCAUUGACGAGUGUGUGAAGGCGUGGGAAGAGGUGAGAGCGGGGGAGCAGGGGGGGGGGAGGAGGGGAGGUGAGAGUGGGAAGGGUGAGACUGGGAGGAGUUCCGCACCCUCACCAUCUCCUAGGAUGCGCCAUCACCCCAAGCGGUGUGGGUGCGAGCUCCUUAUGUCUCUCCCUGCCCUCUCAUUCCCCUCCCCCCUUUCUCCCCUCUCCCCCAGUUCCGCACUCUCACCAUUUCCUGAGAUGCGCCAUCACCCCAAGCAGUUUCCGCCCCCUCACAGUCUCCUGGAGUGCUCCCUCCUCACGAGCGGUGUGCGUGCGAGCUCGCAUGGCGGGCAGCUCAUGGGUGGGAGGAGGGCCAAGGGCACACGGGAGAUUCGCCACCUUUCUCUCGCUGCUCUCCGCCUCAAGCAGCUCACGGGUGGGGGGAGGGCCGAGGGCACACGGGAGAUUCGCCACCUUCCUCUCUCUGCUCUCUGCCUCAAGCAGCUCACGGGUGGGGGGAGGGCCGAGGGCACACGGGAGAUUCGCCACCUUCCUCUCUCUGCUCUCCGCCUCAAGCAGCUCACGGGUGGGGGGAGGGCCGAGGGCACACGGGAGAUUCGCCACCUUCCUCUCUCUGCUCUCCGCCUCAAGCUGUUGCUCUGGGUACGAGCUGGUGCUCUGGGUGCCAGCUGGUGCUCUGGGUGCCAGCUGGUGCUCUGGGUGCCAGCUGGUGCUCUGGGUGCCAGCUGGUGCUCUGGGUGCCAGCUGGUGCUCUGGGGCCAGCUGGUGCUCUGGGUGCCAGCUGGUGCUCUGGGUGCCAGCUGCCAGGUGGUGGUUGCGGUGGAGGGCAGUCAAGACAAGGGCAGUCAAGACAACAAUAUGCUUCCCACAAACCAGUUGUUGCAAGAGGGGGAUGCGGGGAGUAGCAGUGGCGGAGUGAGAAGGCGGUUGCUGAGGGAUGGUACAAAGGCGAGUUUUGAGCAUUCUCAAAACUCACCUGCAACGAAAAGGACCCUGCUGCAGGAUGAUACGAAGGAUCAUGGUGCUGUUGUAGCAUCUGUCACUGUCACUGUAGCACCUGACGCCGUAGCACCUGACGCCGUAGCACCUGACGCCGUAGCACCUGACGCCGUAGCACCUGACACCGUAGCACCUGGCACUGUUGCACACGAUACUGUAGCAGCAGGCACUGUUGCUCCUAACACUGUUGCACCUGACACUGUAGCAGCCGGCGCUGUUGCAGCUGGCACUGUGGCAGCUGUGACUGUAGCAUCUCACACUGUAGCAGCUAACACCGCAGCACCUGAGACUCUAGCACCUGGACCGGACACAGUAGCAUCUGGUGCUGCUGCUUCACCAUCCGCUGCCUCUCCAGCACCAGUGGAUAUGGGGGUGUUCCAUACAUGGAACGAGGAUCUGGGCCGUCAGAUAAGGGGUGUCUCCAUCUCGCACCGUCCACUCAAAUGGCUGCAUGGCAUAGUAGAGAAGGCAGACGGUCCUAUCGAUAUUCUUCUGGUGAGUUAUGCUAUUGUGUGUCCGUCUCCCCAGCCUCAGCAGCUGCGAUAG